AUGAAAUCCUUCAUCGUAGCGUGCGCGCUGGUGGCCUGCGCCUUGGCCGGCUCCGACAGCGAGAAGCGCGACAAGAGAGGCUACCUGAGCGGCGGGCUCGGCGGCUACAGCGGCGGCUACAGCGGCGGCUACAGCGGCGGGCUCGGCGGCGGGUACAGCGGCGGGCUCGGCGGCGGCUACGGCGGCCUCGGAGGAGGACACGCGCAAGUCGUCACCGUCAACAAGGUCGUCAACACGCAGCGCGUCGUCGACGUGCCGCAAGUGGUGCACGUGCGCAGAGUGGUCUCCGAGCCCCGAGUGGUGUCCGUGAACAGGCUGGUCAGCAGCGGCAUCGGAGGCUACUCGUCCGGCAUCGGCUCCGGCUACUCGUCCGGCUACUCGUCCGGUAUCGGCUCCGGCUACUCGUCCGGCUACUCGUCCGGCAUCGGCUCCGGCUACUCCUCCGGCCACGGCUGGUGA